AUGUCUGCUUGUGAAUAUCGCAUAGAUACAGCAAAGCAGGAGGAGGAUGAAGGCAUUGGAUUGUUUGACUUUCAAUCUCAACCCCAAACUUGGAAUGUCUGCCUGCUUCAGUCCUCAACUGCACCGAUUGCAGGGCCUAUUGCAGCCGUUUCGACCAGUUUUCCCGAUUCUCGACCCUCUCGUCUACCAUCCAAUGAAUUUCAGGACACCGAGGAUCUGCAUACGGCUUUUGGAGACUUGAAUACCUCCGAGGAUGCUGUUUUGAGUAAGUACACUUUCAUCAAACCUCCAGAUCGUGUCGCCCAUCGAAUGGCAGAUUUUGAAGAGGAAAAUGGCUUUGAUAGUGGAUUUGGUUCCCUACAACUCACUCCCAACGAAAUUCAAUCAGAUGGAAUGUGUGAAAACACCUCACCACUAACACCUCCACUUUGGCGACGCUCAACAAUGGAGGACAUCUUUCGUCUCAAUACCGAGGCGCCACUGGCAAAAGGGGAGGCAGAGGCGGACGCAGAAGAGGAAGAGGUGGAGGAGGAAGAGGAGGAGGAUGUGGAGGAGGACGAGGAGGGCGAGGGGGAGGAAGAGGAGGAGGAGGAGGAGGAGUUCCAUCCAUUACAUUCUGGCAGUCAAGUAGAGUCAAGACCAGUGUUGCAGCACAAAUGGUGUCAACCAAUGCUAAAGUAUGCACCAAAGUUCGCCAGAGAGUGUUUAACUGUCUUUCCUGAUGCCUCAAAUGACGCCUUCACACCAAAUUCUCGUCAAGACCGAUACUACUGGAACGAUAUUCGAUGUGCAUCUCAGGAUUAUCGUCAAGUGGACAAAAGCAGUCAAAAUGUCCUCCUUACUAAACUUCCAUUGACGGAGCCCUGUUCCACCAUUGCCAUCACCACACCUCUCGCCAUCUCCACCUCUCCUCCUCCUCCCUCCUCCUCGUCCUCCUCCUUCGUCUUCGAGGCAAAUAGAUUCUCCACUUCACCUGUUUCGCAUCGAAAUCUUAACAAACGUGUUGCCCAACAGGAGGCCAGUGAUUUCCUCUCCUGUUCAGAGGGUGGAAAUUUAGAUGAAGCCUUUGAAGAUGUUGACGCCUUUGGUAUUGACGGUGACGUAGAAGACACUGCUUUUCCACUGCCUACAGAACGUCAACCACCAUCCCUACCGUUGACACGUGGAGCACUUCGAAAUUGUCAAUCCUUUUCUCUUCGUCACAGUCAGAAUAGCCCAAAUUGUGGGUCAAUUCAUCGAAGAUCACGGAGUACCAUGCUUGCCAACUCUCCGGUUGAUAGAUCUCGCAAGCCUUGUGUCCAACGCAAUGGUGGUCGUAAACGAAAUUUACUAAACUUCAUCCUCGAACUCCUGACAACACGACAAACAUGCGUGGAGUGGGUUGACAAGACAAAACAAGUCUUCCAAAUUGUUAAUCCCGACCAACUCACUCGACUCUGGGGCGAGCAUAAGAACAACAUCAAAAUGAGCUUCGACUCUUUGUCUCGCAGCUUGAGGCUCUACUACAAACCAGGCAAGUUGGAAAGAAUUCCAGGCACACGUCAUCAGUAUCGCCUAAUUCAAAGGCCGCCCGCGUCGCCUGAUCUCCUGCGAGACACCGUCACCUCGUCCUCCUCCUCCUCCUCUUCUUCUUCCUCCUCCUCCUCGUAUGGAUGCAGUUUGGAGCAUCGGACAACGUCUGGCACACCUCUGACACACUCCACUCCUCUGAAGUCGCAUCCAUCCUCGCAGAAGCCCUACAUCUGA